AUGAAUAUUUUUAGAUUUUUUGGUGAUCUUUCACAUUUAGCUAGUAUAUUUAUACUAUUGUACGCAAUUGAAACAAAUCGAUCAAUCAAUGGUAUAUCAUUAAAAACUCAAGCAUUGUACGUUGUAGUAUUCAUUACAAGAUAUUUGAACUUAUUCACAAAAUUUUAUUCAUUAUACAAUACAUUGUUAAAAAUUAUAUUUAUCGCAAGUUCCAUAUACACAGUUUAUGUCAUGAUAUAUAAAUAUCAAAAAACAAUUACAAAUCAUGUGGAUACAUUUCCUGUAAAAUAUUUAAUUGGAGGAGCAGUAAUUGCAAGUUUAAUAUUCACUCAUAAAUAUACGCCAAGUGAAAUUGUAUGGAGUUUUAGUUUAUGGCUUGAGGCUGUUGCCAUUUUACCACAAUUAUAUAUUUUGCAAAGAACAGGAGAAGCCGAAAAUAUUACUACUCAUUAUAUAUUUGCUUUAGGAUUGUACAGAGCUUUGUAUAUUCCCAAUUGGAUUUAUAGAUAUUUUGUUGAAGGUCAUUUUGAUUUUGUAUCUGUAUUAUCAGGACUUUUACAAACUGCUAUUUAUUCAGAUUUUUUUUAUAUUUAUUAUAAUAAGGUUUUAAAAGGUAAAAAAUUUGAAUUGCCAGUAUAG